ACAGCAUACAGAACACACUCACACACAGUAGAGCAAGUCUCAUGACAUUACAUUAGAGGUGUGUGGAUGCACUCCACACAAACACAUAAACACACACACUCAUAUAAACAUACACAUGUGUGGACUGGACUGCUCCACUACUGGACCUCUCACUCAGCAGUACCCUCCGAAAGGUUUGUUGAUACGUCUACCUCCUCAAAUGAUAACUUGAUUUUGCAGGGUAUCAUUUUGCAUUUCCUCUCUUUUUGAACAGAGCCACGGAGCCUAUAAUUAACAGCUCUUGUCCUCUAUGGAGUUUAAUUGGGCUUAAAUGGCUUAGAUUCCUAAGCAGCCAUCUUAAUGCACAUUCCUUUAAAACCCUUCUGACUGUGCUGGGAAACGGUUAUAGAACACCUAAAACUCCCCCUUCGAAGACCUCUCUGUGGACUAAACAGCAGAGAAAGAGGGAUACCUAUCUAUCCCUCCCUUCAUCACCUCCUUUCAGCAGUCCAGGCAGGAGAAACCGUGGGAGAGAAGGAGAAGAGGAGGAAAGAACAGUAGAGCUGGCGCCACCGUCCAUUGAACCUAUCCACCGCUUAAUUUCCUGUAAUCUGGGGGUUACUGUUGCUAGUGGGGACAUGGACACUUCUAUACCUGUGUUGGCUGCCGGGGACAAAGUGUGUGACAAGACGGUGUGCGAGGCACUGGGCCACUUCGAAGCCACACUGGCGGCGGCGGUGCGCGAGGUGCAUGUGGAUGUGAGCGCCUUCAAGCGGGGUGUGGAGCGGCGGGUGGACGAGGCGUGCCAGGCACAGCGACCCCUGGCCGAGGCUCUUCAGCGGCUGACGCAGGAGAACCUGCAGCUCCGAAGCCAGCUGGAGGUGCUGGCCUGCCUGAUGGAGGGUCUGACGGGAAGAGUGGUGGACAGAAGCGCCCUCGAGGAGAGGGCCAGUAGGGGAUGGAUCCCCAUGACUUCGUCCCAGGGGACGGUGAACAUAAGCCAGGGGAGCCCCUCCACCACGGUCCCCUCUGGACUGUCUGGUCUUGGUUCUGAUGCCUCUAGUUCUACAUCAGCCUCUCUCUCCAUCAGGGAGCCAAUGGGGGAUACCAGCAUGUCUAUUGGACAUAAGGUUGUUGACCAAAUGGAAGAGAAAAAUGUUGCUGCUGUGUUGGAGAAUGGACAUGACAAAGAACAGAAGUCUGCUGGUCAUUCAUUAGUAGAUGUCACCUCACCCAAAGCAAAAUCUGAUUAUUUGUAUAAAUCUGAGGGCUCGUCAUUCGGCAAUCCUCAUCUUCCCUGCACUGCCAUGACCAAAACGGACUCCCCCACUAGCCCCAAGCCACCAGCACAAUCUCCUGCUUUGGCCCAAAAGUGUCCUGCCUAUCCAAUAGCAGACUUCACCACUCCCAAAACAGCACUUGAUGUUCUGUUUAGUCCCGCAGAGACUUUGCCUGGACAACAUCAGGAAGUGAGGUCACCAGUCAGCAGUCAUGCAGCUCAGCAAGAGCACCCCACCCCUGUGUCUCUGGCCCCGCCCUAUGCCUCUGUCAGUGCCAUGAGCAAAACUAGCCCCGAGGUACCAACUGCACCAGCCCCAACUCAGUCCCCUGCCACCCCAUCUUGGGCCCCUGACGCCCCAACUCAGUCUCCUGCAGCCCCAACCAGGUCUUCUUUAGCCCCAAGUCAGUCUUCUGCUGCCCAAUCUCAGUCUCCUGCAGUCCCUCCAUCUCCUGCCCCCAAAACACCUAGACAAUCAGUAUUUGAGGAGACCAAACCCAAAGCACCAGGAGAAUUUCCUUUCAAACGUAGUGAACGUGUAGUACAUGCAGUUAAGGCAGCGAGCCCGAGUCUUACCCGUAGCAUGAGCUUCACAGCAAUCACAGAAAAACUCCUACCACCCAGAAAAGUGCCUCCCCCUGGCACAGACAGGAGCCUGGACAAGUUUGGGGGUCUGGAAAGUUUUGGCGGUCCGAACAAGUUUGGCAUUCUGGACAGGCUUGGUGGUCUGGACAAGUUUGGGGGUGGUGAGGAGCGGAAGCUGCAGAGGUCACAAACGCUGCCUCGCAACCUCGGGAUGCAAGGCAAACGGUCUCUGUUUGAAAGUUUGGCCUAUGACUGUGGCAGGUCCAAGGCUGCAGGACCCAAGCCCAAACUGCAGCACUCUCAGAGUUUCAACAGCGCUAGCAACAUCAAGGCAAUGCUCCUGGAAUGGUGCCGCUCCAAAACCAUUGGCUACCAGAACAUAGACAUCCACAACUUCUCGUCCAGCUGGUGUGAUGGGAUGGCAUUCGCUGCCCUGGUCCACUCCUUUUUCCCCCUGGUGUUUGACUACAACACACUGAACCCUGCCAAUCGCAAACACAACUUUGAAGUGGCCUUCACCACAGCAGAGGAGCAAGCCGACUGUGUGCGUCUCAUAGAGGUGGAGGAUAUGAUGGUGAUGGGUAGCAGACCAGACCCUAUGUGUAUUUUCACCUACGUCCAGUCCCUCUACAACCACCUCAAGAAGUUUGAAUGACACUCCCAUGCAGAGAUGAGCACCCCUAUCAUCACCAGUUACAAUGUCUCAUGUCGUCAGCAAACCAAAGCACUACUCCCUACUUUGUUCAAAUCUUGAUAACUGUAUAUCACGUUUGUGCCUGUAGAAUACUAUUUGAAUUCUUCUGGUCCUGUAAUAAUGUGCUGUGCAUAUGGUUUGGGGGAUUUAUUUUUCAUCAAUUAGAAAAUAGAGGUAGUAAAUUUGGGAAAAUAUUGAUAGUUUUACAAAGAUAUGUUUUGACUCAGAGCCAAAUGCUGGUUAUAUUCUAGUGGUAUAAUACGGAUGAAUAUCAUAAAAGAAAUAGAACAAGAUCUAUAAAAUAGUUUUUAUUAAGCAUGAAGCUAGCAGAACACCUGAAAGACAUACUUUAGUAGACAAUGCAAAUGAAAGGUGUAAAUUUAAAGAAAGGUGUCAGGAUCAAUGAUGUAACAUUGGUACCAGGGUGGCCAGAUCUGAGUUGGUGACUACGACUAUUGUGUUGUGUAGAAAUGAAUAACAUUGAUCUUUCCUAUGUGCAUAUAAGAAGAGGUUCAAAUAUACACUCAACAAAAAUAUGAAAUGCAUUUCUCCCGAGUGGCGCAGUGGUCUAAGGCACUGCAUGGUAGUGCUAGCUGUGCCACUAGAGAUUCUGGUUCGAGUCCAGGCUCUGUCGCAGCCGGCCGCAACCGGGAGACCUAUGGGGCGGUGCACAAUUGGGCCAGCACCCUAUCUUUGGACAAAACAUGUUGAAAUGAAGAAUCCAGACAGUUGACUAGGGAUUAAGAUUGACCAGUCCGCGACUUGAUCACUUGAAAAUAAGAUCUCAGCAAUAGUCAAUCAUAUCCUCAUGAAAUAAAGUGUUCUGUGUUUCUGAGAAGCUUUUCUAUAACAUGAAAUACAUAGUAUAACACCAGAACCACAGUUUAAUUUUGACCCUGGCUCCAACAUACUAUUACUGCUUAUGAAAAGCAUACAGUUACAUGCUGUAGAAUUCUAAUGAUAGAGCUAAAUGUGCGCAAUUGUUUUGCAUGGAAUAAUCGGGAAUUUGUAAUUCUGACUAUGCUCAUCAAGAGGUGAUGAUAUUAAAACCAAAUAGUUCAAAUAUAUUUAACAAUCAGUUGUUACCACCGGCUUAACCAAUGACGUUAAAAUGCCUAUUUACUGUGUUCCAUCUGACUGUGAAAUCCACGGUCUUAUCAAGCCCAGCCAGGUAAUGUAUUAAUUCUCCACCAUAAAAAGCAUCUAGACGUUAUCUCACACUUCUUUUAGACUAAUAUUUAGUUUUCAACAGCGGAGAUUUGUGUAAGCCUUGCUGUCUGUCUUUCCGACGUUUGCAACAUUGUUUCAAUAUUCAAAUUAGAUCUUCAGCUGUCCAACAGUAAUGAACGUGUCAGGAGUCGGGACGAGACAGACAGCGUUUCUCAGCCAGUCAAAAUCAUGGUAUCAUUUUUAUGGAUAUAUACAGAGAAAUGUCAGUUGAAAAAAGGUCAAACGAAACGACGUGCAGUCAAAAGUGAUUGUGUUAGCUGUGUUGUCCUCUGAGCAACAGUGUCCUGACAAGAGAGCACAUUUUCUAUGCCAGGCGAAAUCGUUCCUCAUUAGCUCAUUGGUAUGGAUGUAUCCACAUAAAUGUCACUAGAAAACAGCUUAAAACAAAUGCAAAGGCAGCUACUGCUGUUAUUCUAUCUGCACUGUUUGACGUGACUGUAAGUUACCCGUUGUUGGUUCGCUACCAAGCAAGGGAUAAGAACGUUGCCAGACAGUAUGGCAAUAGAACAUUUAGAACAAACGACUGGGUCGUGAACAUAGAUACAGAACAAAAAGACUGGGUCGCAUCUCUGGCAACUGAACCGAUAGCAUGAAUGACCAGCUGGCUUGGGUUUGUGUCGGGACUAUAUCUUGUGGAAGGAUGAAAUAGUAUAAAUAAAUUCAUCAAAAUAAAAACAAUUAUGAAAAUAUUGAAAUCAUUAUUUGAAUGUUGGUAGGUCCGACUUUGUCUAGGACCUAACAACACUCAUGCCAAUACAUCCUCCAAACACCAGCUUUGAGGGCAUUAUCACUUAAAUAAGUGUACAGUAACAUUGCUAACAACAAUAUUCUAGGCGGUGCUAGAGGAAGGCCCCAAAAAUUGUCAAAGACUCCAGUCACCCAAGUCAUAGACAGUCAUAGACUGUUCUCUCUGCUACCGCACGGCAAGCGCCAAGUCUAGGUCCAAAAAGCUCCUUAACACCUUCUACCCCUUCCCCCACUUUGAUUUUACACUGCUGCAACUCUCUGUUUAUUAUCUAUGCAUAGUCACUUUAACUCUACCUACUGUACAAGUACAAAUUACCUCGACUAACCUGUACCCUCACACAUUGACUCAAUACAUGUAUAUAGCCUUGUUAUUGUUAUUUUAUUUGUGUUUAUUUUAUUUUUUACUUUAGUAAAUAUUUUCUUAACUCAAUUUCUUGAACUGUAAUGUUGGUUAAGGGCUUGUAAGUAAGCAUUUCAGGGUAAGGUCUACCUGUUGUAUUUGGCGCAUGUGACAAAUAAAAUGUUAUUUGAUAA